AUGAUCGGAAUGUGGUUUUCCUUCACGCUGGGAGCUCUGCUCAUUGCUGGGGUCACUUCUGCCGCAAUCGAAGAAAAUAACGCGAGGAUAUCUUUGUCCUCAGCUUCCUUUGAAGGUGGAGUGAACGCCAAGUUCGUGAGCCGCGGAAAGAAAUUCUGGGGCAUUUUUGUUUACCCUGACCUCUUGAAGAACCCAAACGCCUUGCCCGUGAUCGAAGCCGAAAUAGGAGCUAUUACUGCCGACAAUGACAUGAAGUGGGACGCACUUGAACGUGCGCAGCGUCUUUCUUAUGCUGCGCUCUAUGUUAACCCUGCGUCAGCAACACGUGGAGCGUUCAAUUUCGCGAGGUCCGACUUGCUCGUGAGCUGGGCGGUUUCUAAUGGGAAGAUGAUUCGUGGCUAUACCCUAGUCUGGCACUCACAGCUGCCGUCAUGGGUGCAAAAUAUAACGAACAGAGUGACAUUAUGGGACGUGGUCAAUGAAGUUCUAAACGAGGAUGGAACGCUUCGUCGCUCCGUCUUUUCCAACGUAAUCGGCGAGGCUUUCAUCACGAUUGCCUUCCAAGCGGCUCGCGAUACCGAUAGCAGCGCAAAGCUGUAUUUGAACGAUUAUAACGUCCUCGAGAACAAUGCAAAGCGCCAGGCGAUGAUUGCCCUCGUCAACCGCAUCAACGCUUCGUCGAAGUUGAUUGACGGGCUCGGGGCGGAGGUCUACGCUAACGCGGGCGUGAUCGACGAAGUCCAACCGGCGCUCACCGAGCUCGCCUCCACCGGGUUGGAAGUAGCGAUCACCUACGCCUACAUCCCAGGAAACGCGCCGAAUGACUGGGCGACGCUAACCAAGGCGUGUCUAGCCGUCCCGAGUUGUGUCUCGCUCACCAUCGCUCCACCUGAGAAUCGGUGGCGGCCUGUCUCGUUCACCUCGCUUUGGGAUAAUAAUUGGAAACGAACGCCGGCGUACGACGCUGUCAUCAACGUCCUCGACAAUUCGACAUGA